AUGUCCGACAACGAUCCCCCCGUCAUCCACCUCUCCACUCCCACAAACCAGCCUCUCCUCUCUCAGACAGAAUCCGACAACCUCACCUUCCCCGUUUCCCCAAAGUCCUCGCCCCCACUCGACCUCUCCGCCUCCUCCCCCGCCUCCUCACACAACCUCCUCCCCGCCCUUCCAGCCUCGCCGCCCUCCUCCAAUGCCACAAGCCAGUCUUCUCUCAACCUCUCCCAGGCCCUGUCUGCAGAUGAGCUGCCCCCGGACGUAGCUCAGGCCGAUAUCUCCAUAUCCCCCGACGGCACAUUCGUCGAGACGUCUUCGGGUCAGGCUGCGUACGAGCUAAAGAAGCGCUUCGACCAGCAGUACGGCGUCAACAAGGAGGUCCGCUCGCCCUACGCUAUCACUUCCUUCAUCAAUCAGCAUGGCAAGACCAUGUACCGCGUCGGCUAUCGAGACGCGUCAGCGCCAGCGGUUGCCGCCGCCGAGGCAGAGCACAAAGCCAGCAUCUCCUCCUCUGCGUCUAGACCCUCCACCUUCAAGGAGCCCGAGCCGACCCAGAGCCGCUCGCGCCGCUCCCGCAUGAGCGUCUAUACACUUCUCCCGCAGCGCCCCAAGACCACCCACCCACCACAGCAACAACAACAGCAGCCACUGCCGCCCGCAGGCACGGGCGCGGGCGGCUCUUUUUCCGGCCCCUCCGGCCCACCACCCGGCCACCAUAAUAAUAGCAGCAACGCUAAUGCCCCAUACGACAUGCAACGCGCGACCCAGCGCAAGCUGCAGCGCGCGCGCUCGAUUCCGGACAUGUUCGGUCUCGCUACGACGUACACCCACAGUCAAGAGCGCGGGCAUGGGCACGGGCACCCCAUGAUGUCGCAUAUACAUCCGCAUCCCCACGCCACAACUAGCAAUCAUGGGUAUACCGUGGGAGGGGGCGACGGCGGCACUGCCGCUGCUUCCGUGGGCAUGUCCAUGCGCCAUCCGCCAGCGUCGACGGGCCGGGCGCAUUCGCAUAGUGUCACGGGUGCGGAUAUCGCGCGCGCGUCUUUGGGUGUGGGUGCGAGUUCGGGUGGUGGGAGCGGACAGCAGCAGCAACAGCAGCAGCAGAAGCAGCAGAAGCAGCAACGGCAACAGCAGCCUACGGGGCGAGCGCGCGGGCGGACGCUGCCCACCUCGGCGGGGGACAAUUUCGCGGCGAUGAUGAACUGGAAGUCCGACGUGGUCGUGCCGCAGUCGCCGCAUCUCGGCGCUGGGGGCGUGGGCUCGCCUACGUCGGGCUCGAGCGCGAGCGCGAAUGCGAAUGUCAAUGCGAACGCAAACUCGAACGCGAAUGCGAAUUCGCACUCGCAUUAUUAUUUGGCGUCGUCGGCGCUCGACGGGACGGGUUUUGCGGGCUGGGGAGGGUUUAUUAUUAAUCCGUUUGGGAACGGGGUCAGUUUCGACUCGCCGACGCUUCCUUCGGCGUACUACGGCAUCGGAGGACCGGGGCCAGGACCAGGGCUGGGAGCAGGAGGGCCAGGCGGAGGAUCAGGGAUAGGAGGACCAGGAGGAGAGCGCAGGUUGCCUGGUGUGCAGCCGCGCGUGUUGCGCGAGAUGCAGUCGUUCGAGUCGGGGCUUACUGCGCGUGCGGACGAUAUGCAUACAGGGCGGGGAAGUGCGUCGGAUCUGGGAGAUGUGGAUGCGGAUGCGGAGAUGGAUGUGGAGACGCCUGUUGCGGAGGAGGUGAGCGCGUUUGGCGGAGACGGGCGGCAGCGCGAACAGAAGGCAGGAGAAGGACGGGAGAAGGAAAGAGAGGGGGCGCAGCAGCAUGAUGAUGGUGCUUCUGCUGCUGGUGAAGGUUCGACCGAGGAUCCUAUUGCGCCAGAAGACAAGGACAAGCCCAAAGAAGAUUCAGACGUCAAGAGCGAAAAGGGGGCCGUUGAGGCUGAUGCUGAGCGUGGUCGCGAUUCUGUCUUCAACCUCAAUCUCAACGACGACCCCGCGCCCGCACCCAUACCAGCACCGGAUAUCGCCCCCCUCCCCGCGACGGCGCUCCAUUCGCGUUACUCAACUGAAGUCUUCGACGUGCUCCAAACAUACUCGGGUCUCCCGUUGCUGGACAAGAUCGUCCCCAACACCGACGACCCUGACGCAGAUGCAGAGGACGACGACGGGGACGACACCGCCGGCGGGCUUUUCAUGAGUGACGCAGAACGCGCCUCACGGGGCAGCCUUGGCGCGGGCGGGGAGACGACGAUCAAGAUGACGCUCCGCACGGACGACAGCGCGGCGCCGCGCGAUGACCCGCGGUUUGUCCUCUGGGGCGCGCUACUCCUCCCGUCCGAGGCAUUCGGCGACGCGGACGAGUCGAGUCUCGAGGCCGGCUCGCGUACGGGAAUUUCGAGUCCGACAAGGUCGAGGCGUAAUACGCGCACGGCGAAGGGGAACGCGGAGGCGGCGGCGACGGCGGUUGCUGCUGCUGCUGCUGCCGCGUCGGACACUGAUUCGCACCGCGGGGGCAGCAGCGGUGCUGGGGGAGGAGGCGCGGGCGCGAGUCCAGGAGGAGGAGGAGACGGCGAGGACGGCGCGCCGCGCGUGCUGAUCGCUGCGACAAUCGAGCGGUGGAUCGCGCAGCUGACGAGCGAGCUCAACUACGACGAGCUGCUGUACUUCUUCCUGACGUACCGGACGUACAUCACCGCCGUCGACCUCGCGCACUUGCUCAUCUGCCGGUUCCACUGGUCGCUCGAGCGGCACGAGACGCGGAGCGACGAGAUGGUGCGGCGGAUCGUGCGCGUGCGGACGUUCGUCGCGAUCCGGUACUGGCUGCUGACGUUCUUUAUCAUGGACUUUGUGCCGAAUCGGGAGCUGAGGCUGUUGCUCGGGAGCUGGCUGAAUACGCUGAUCAGGGAUCCGAUUCUGAUGAAGCAUUCGGAUGGGGUUAGCAUCGUCAAGAAGCUCAUUAAGGUCGUCAAGGACUGCAAGGAGGCGCACACGAGGCAGAACCGUGCGCACGCGCACUCUCUUUCCCAGGGCGGUGGCGGCGCCGGUACGGCGUCUGCACGGCAGUCCAUCAGCGGCCCCAGCAUCGGCGGCAGCGACGCAAGCGCGCGCCCGUCGACGACGACGAUGGCGAGCAGCACCGCCGCCGGUACCGCCGCAGGGAAGCCCCGGCGGACGCACGUGCUUGGAGAGCAGUUUGCGGCCGCCAUCUCCAAGGACGCGGACGACUCGGACGUCGAUCUCGAUUUUAUCGCCGAUGAUGACGUCGGCGGGUCCGGCGCGGCGCAGACCAAGUCUGUCUUCCACGGCGGUGACGCGAGCGGCUCGUUUUCGUUCGGCGGGUCGAUGGGCAUGGGCAUGGGCGGCGCCUCUGGAGGGAUGGGCAUGGGUAUGGGUAUGGGUUCAGGCGGGAUGGGCAUGGGCAUGGGCAUGGGCGCAGCGCCUCCUGCACGCGGGACGACGUUGCUGGGCCAACCGCUGCACACGAGCAUGGUGUCGCCACCCGGCCCAGGCGGAACGCGCGGCAGUGUGACGGGGGAUACGCUGAGCGCACACGGGCCCGCGGCGCUGAUGCUACCCAAUGGGAUGUUGUCGCGCGCGUUCGUGAAGACGAUCAACCGGCUCGGGCGCUGGCGGCGGGUGAGCAACUCGCGCACGACACAGCCGGCGCAGACGCUCGCUGUGCCUGCGAACGUGAGCGUGUUCGACCUCGAGAUGAACGCGGCGGGGGAUCUGUUGACGGUCCGCGGCGGGGUGGGGCAGUAUGUGAAGAUGAUGGACGGGCACGCGUUCGAGACGCGGGAUGUGGAGUAUCCGGCGACCCUGGUGGAGGAGCCGGAGCCUGCUAGCGCCAAAGCAGACGGGAGCGUGAGAGCAAGCGCGGACGAACAGACGUUGGCUGAAGAAGACGAGCACGAGCACGAGGCUCGGGCUUCCGAGGCGGGCAACGGGAAGGAGACCCACCUGCGCGCUGUGACGGAGCUCUCUGAGGACGGCCACGAGGCCGACACAGACGCGCGGUCCAUCUCCACGGUCGACACUUUCGAUAGCGAUGCGCGCUCUAUGAUGAUCAACAACGACACCCACACCCGCGCAGAGGACGACGAGCACACACUUGCGAGCCAGAAGCAACAGCAAAAACUUCUCAAACCACGGGAUCGGUCGGGCUCGCGGCGCCUUGCGCCCACACGCGAGUCAUCCGCGCACUCGCUCGCAUCGUUCCGCACAGGCUCGACGGACUCGUUCGGCUCGAUCAUCUCCUCGGCGAGCCGGCUCAACCCGCUCGUCGCGCAGUUCAAGUCCGCGUCACGGCCGUGGCAGUUUGACGUCGUGUCGAUCGACGAUCUGGAUCUGUCGGACACGUCUUCGGACGCGGUGCAUGUUGCUGGCCAAGGCGGCGGCAGCCCAUACGGCGCUGGUAACAACAAUGGAGUCGGCGGAGGCGUUGGAGGUCAGGGCCUGAGGAAGGCGCCGAGGAAGUUGCCCUUGCGGCGUGACUUCGAGUUCGUCCGACGCUCGCGGGAAAGCGUCUCCUCGCUCGGCAUCCGCUCGCGCGAUUCCCUCGCCUCCGAGUCCUCACGCCCCCCGUCCGCGGCGCCCGACGACAACGGCGACAACAGCGCCGGGCUCGGCACGGGCAUCCAUCAGUGGCAGAUGAACGCACUUGUGGAUUCGCUUGAUGAUUCGGACGGCGACGGCGGGAUCGACGAGGCACUCCAGCGGCUCGAGGGGCAGAUCAACCCCGUCAAACGGCGCUUGAAGGCCAGGAAGGUCGACGGCUGGGUGCGCACGAUCCGCGAGCGCAUGGCGGCGGGCGACUUUGGUGACGAGCGGCCGAGGUGGCUCGAUGAGGACAGCGACGAGGAAAUGGAAGAUGACGACGACUUUGAGUACAACCGGAGCGAGACGGGCUCGAUGAGGCGGCUGUCGCGCGUCGAGAUGCCGCCGCCGGCCCUUGAUACGCCGACGAGCGCCGCGGAAGCUGGGAGAGAGAAGGAGAAGAACAGGGACACGAUGUCGUCGAUUGCGUCGCAGAGCACGAUUCCUGCUUCGACAACGCCAGCCUCGAAUAUUGGGUCGAGCUCCGAUAGCUACUUCGCCACGCCUGCUGGCGACGCGAAUGGUCACGUCAACGGCCACGGCGCCUUUGCUGACGCUGUUGGUGGUCCCACUGCAGUCGGCCCCCUUUCUCCCGGGCGGGGCGCAGACGCGCGUCCGGCGCUCGAGGACGUCGUCCCAAUCGAGAUUUUACAGUCCCGCAUGCCCUCGACUGCGCUCCCGACGCAAACCUCACCGCAGAUCACGCCCAUCCCGGCGCCCAAGCAAAUGGGCUCGCCCAAGGCAGCCCUCGGUGGUGGAGGUGGCGGGGGCAGCAACGGCACGCAGUACCACCGCAGCUGGAUCCUGGGCCUCAGCGCCGAGGUGAUCGUGCAGCAUUUCUCGAUGAUCGACCGGGAGCUGUUCCUCGGUGUGAAGCCCGAGGAGCUCAUCCUGGACGACUGGAUGGCCGGCGCGGACGUGCCCGUGUCGGACUGGGCGCAGUACCUCAAGGAUCGGGCGCGGUGGAAGGCGGAGAGCAGGUUCCCGAAGAAGACGAGUGCGCUGGCGGCGCUCAGAGCGCGGUUCAAUCUGCUGGCGAAUUUCGUGAUCUCGGAGGUGGUUCUUACUGCUCCUGGAGAGCGGCAUUUGUUGGUGGCGAAGUUGAUCCGGGUUGCUUUCAAAGCGUACGUGCUCAGCAACUUCCACACGCUGGUCGCCAUCGUUGCUGGGCUGGAGAGUGAGUUUGUACACCGGGUAAUGGGUCGCUCGUGGGCGCGUGUCGGGAUGUGGGAGACGCAAGUGUUCGGCAAGCUCAAGCAGUUUGCGGACGCGGGCAACGACUUCAAAGCGAUGCAUGAGGCGCUCGCAGCGAUGGUCGAUGCCAAGCCGCUUACCCCGCAAGGCUCCUCUGGGGUGAGUAACGCAGCGAGCGAGACGCAGGGGUCAAAGGGCAAGACGUCGGGCGAGAGCAAGAUCCCGACUGCCUGUGUACCUUUCAUCGGUCUCUAUCUCUCCCGUCUCGUGCGCCACUCGCGCCUCCCCGACCUUAUUGAUCCCACGGCCCCGCACGAGCCAGUGAGCGUGGACCCGCAGACGAUGGCGUUCGAGGCACCCGCGCAUCCAGAGGUGUUCGGCGCGCUGGCGUCACUCCCGCCGUCGAUGCAGCUCGAGCCGCUCAUCAACGUGCAUAAGCAGCGGCUCAUAGCUAACGUCAUCAAGGACUUUGUCGCCGGACAGCAUCUCGCGAGUCGCAUAACGUUCGCCGUCGACAAGAGGCUGUACCAGCGUUGCCUUCGGAUUCGCGGGCUCGACCAAGAGACGCUGUAUAGGAUGUGCGCGGACCACGAUGGCCACGGGCGCUCGACGGGCGUCUAUUGAGUUCGUUGUUCCCACGAUCCCACGAUGCCCCGAUGCCAGCCGUUCGGCCCCAAUUAUGAGCUGUGAAUACUGUUGGUGGAUGUCCAUUGUUUGUGUGAUGAUCUUGGGUGGCGAUGAUUAUGAUGAAUACGCUUCGGCUCGUGUCUAUGAUAACGAUAAUACUUCGACCUUCAAGCUGUAGCUUUUGCCGUUUGGUUUUUUGCUGUUCCUUUCAUGGAUAUACCCCCACUUUAGAUAGACUUGCAUCGGUUCUUGAUGCAACAUUGUGCAUAGUUUAAUCAUUACUGUUAUACUGUUGUUUGACGUUCCUGUUCACGCACUGUAACGUUCACGAGCUGUCUGAUAAUGUAGUAACAAGUGACGAAG